UAUAUAUGCCAUAACCUCAGAGUUUAACUUCAUCACUAAUCAUUUGCAUUGCCUCCGCACAAGUUUACCUCUUCAACCAUGAAAGCCACCACCUUGAUCUGUUGCCCUACACUUCCUGCCACGCCCUUGUCAGCCCAACCUCGUCGCCGGAGAAGACAACUUGGUCGCUUGAGCACUGUUGUUAAUGCUAGAAGGGAUGCGAAUGGCCGAGAUUAUGACGGGAGACUCGUGGAUGAGAACAUGAUAGUCCUGAGAAUGCGCAUCAAGGAGAUGACAAUGAUGGAGACCAACCAUGUACCGCCAUCGGAUUGGAUGAAGUGGGAGAAGCAAUACUAUGAACAUUACGAUGAAGAUGUAUGUGAAGCUGUAGGACUGUUGCAGUUCUAUUUGAUGAAUACUAGGCCAUCUUUGGCGUUGGGUAUGGCGGCUCUCGUUGCGUUGAGUGUGCCCUUUUCAACUUUUGUGGUGAUGCUCAAUGCCGUAGAGAUAGCUAAGGGAGUUUUUUCUAUGUUUCAAUUUGCUUGAGCCUUGAUCUGAUGUAGUUUAUGCAUUAACGAAGGAAUCCAAAGCAGUGGAAUUCAGUCACAACCGAAUGAAAAUAUAAUAACAACUUGAAUCAAAUACUUCAAGUUCCCAAACUCUCGGCUAUGAAGGGCAGAUUUUAAAAAUUGGCCUCCCGGGCUAGUUGAGGGAAAAGAAACUCGC